AUGGACGCGGUGUUGUUUUCAGAGAUUAUUCUAAUGAUUGAGGUAUUGGUGCAUUUCGUAUAUCAAAAUUACCACCUCAAAACAAAAGGUAUUACAGUAAAUUGUUUAACAAAAGGAGAAAAGAGUGAGUGGGUAAAAUUGGUUGAGUUUUGGACAAAAAUGAGUUCGUCUUUAUGCCCUCUUGUGUUGGCUAUUUCGUUCUUUUAUCAUUCAUUUGAUCUCUAUACACCAAACACAUUUUGUCAGAUAUUCUUCUUGUGUAUUCUGAUUUUCGGAGUUCUAUUUUGGAAUCUUGCCAUAUUAACAAUGAACACAAAUUGGAGGGCUGGAAUCGAUACAACUGCACGAACAAAACUUGUCACAAGCGGUGUCUAUUCUUAUUCAAGAAACCCGGCAUUCUUUGGACUUUUUGUUCAAUACAUUUCCCUCGCUUUGUUGAAUCCAAAUCCCUUAUUAUUGGGUUUCACAGUCCUCUCAGUGGUUGUCCUUGAUCUACAAACAAAAGAAGAAGAGAAACACUUAACCCUUUCUCUUGGUGCUGAAUAUACCGUUUACAAGGAUACAACUCCUCGUUAUAUCCUCCUCUAA